AUGUCCAUAGAUACGCUACAGACACUAUUCGUGUCGGCGAUUCUCCGUACGUGCGAUCUGAAUCUUCGUACAAUUUUGGCUGUAAUCAAGAUGUUCAAAGCGUUUGCCUUUUAUACGGCAGUUAUUGCCCUAGGCGUGGCUGUCGGAGUAAAGUUUUACCUCGAAAGUGUACCCGAGAUGCCAAAAAUGGACUUCCAAAGAUGGUGGGGUGAUGGACAAAAGCCAGAUAAAGAAGACCAAUCUAUACGACCUUUUAAAAUUGUUUUCAAUGAAAGCAUGAUAGCGGAUUUAAAGAAUCGUUUAAAAAACAGACGUCCAUUCAGACAACCUUUGGAAGGUGUGCAGUCGCAAUAUGGUAUAAACACCGUCUACUUAGAGAAAAUAAUAAAAUACUGGCUGAAGGAGUACAACUUUACGGAGAGAGCCGACAGACUGAAUAGAUUUCCACAUUACAAAACGAGAAUACAGGGUCUCGACAUUCAUUAUAUUCACGCGAAACCAGAGGUCAAAGGAAAGAAGGUACUGCCAUUGUUGAUGUUGCACGGAUGGCCCAGUUCUUCGAAGGAGUUCGAUAUGGUUAUACCGAUCUUGACAAAGCCCAGAGAUGACUUCGAUUUCGUUUUCGAAGUUAUCGCGGCUGAUCUACCUGGAUUCGGAUUUUCUCAGGGAACAAACAAGCCUGGUUUAAAUCCAUUACAAAUUGGAACCAUUAUGAGCAAUCUGAUGAGACGCCUAGGAUUCAAGAAAUAUUACAUACAAGCCGGUGAUUGGGGUUCGCAAUCCGCCACCCAUAUGUCGACAUUUGUUCCCGAGGAAGUUUUGGGAUACCACAUCAAUAUGCCAGUGUCCUCGAGACCAAUAAGUCUUGUAAAAUUCUUCCUAGGAUCACUAUUCCCAAGCCUCUUCAUGGAAGAGAAGUUUGUCAGCAGAAUAUAUCCUUUGAAACAAUUUUUUAGUUACCUAUUACGUGAAAGUGGUUACUUUCAUUUGCAAGCCACGAAACCCGAUACAGUUGGGGUAGCACUAACCGAUUCUCCAGCUGGUUUAGCAGCGUAUACUCUAGAGAAAAUAGGAGUCUGCAGUAACAGAGAUCAGCUAGAUACACCGCAUGGAGGUUUGGAUAAUAUCAACAUCGACGAUCUGUUGGACACCGUAACAAUUGCGUGGGCGAACGAUUGUAUCGUUACCUCCAUGAGAAUUUACUCGGAGGCGUUUGUUCAGCCAGAGUUAUUUGUUAUGCAUAAUAUUCCAACACCAGUGCCGACGGCUGCUAUAAACUUCAAGUAUGAAGUUGUUUAUCAACCGGAUUGGAUCCUGCGAGACAAGUUCGUGAACCUCGUCAGAUCGACUACACUCGAAUUCGGAGGGCACUUCGCCGGUAUGCACACGCCUAAGGAGCUAGCUGACGACGUUUUCGAGUCGGUGAAAGAGUUUAUCCAGUUCGACGCAAAAACUCAAAGCAAACGCACUUAA